AGAAACUGAAAGUACCGUGUUUUUAGGCGCCCCACUGAGAUUGAUUCACCUUCACCUGUGCGAGACCUAGUUGACCAGGUGGGAAACCAGACAGGCAGUAAAAUAUGAACGGAAGAGUGGAUUAUUUGGUCACUGAGGAAGAGAUCAAUCUUACCCGAGGACCCUCAGGGCUGGGCUUCAACAUCGUCGGUGGGACAGAUCAGCAGUAUGUCUCCAACGACAGUGGCAUCUACGUCAGCCGCAUCAAAGAGAAUGGGGCUGCGGCCCUGGAUGGGCGGCUCCAGGAGGGUGAUAAGAUCCUCUCGGUAAAUGGCCAAGACCUAAAGAACCUUCUGCACCAGGAUGCUGUAAACCUCUUCCGUAACGCAGGCUACGCUGUAUCCCUGAGAGUUCAGCACAGGUUACAGGUGCAAAAUGGGCCGCUAGGACAUCGAGGCGAAGGGGAGCCGAGCGGUAUUCCCAUGCCUGUGGUGCUGGUGCCACUGUUUGCCCUCACCAUGCUGGCAGCCUGGGCCUUCAUGAGAUACCGGCACCAACUUUGAAAAGCUCGCUUUCUUCCAGUGCUCCUGAUGAAGAUAACAUUUCUUCCUUUCUCUCCUCCUCCUCCCCUGCCAUUCUCCCGUCUCUUGCCCUCUCUCUGCAUAGCUCACAUAUGAUUUAAAGAGACUGCUCCCCAACCAGAACCUGGCUCUUCAAAAUCUCCAAGUCCUCGUAUUCUGAUGGGAGAGUAAAGGCAUUGUUUGAAGGAAAGCUGAAGAAAGACUUGCUUAGGACAAAUGAGGAGUUAUAUGUUUUACUAGGACCGCCAAUAGAAUCAGCUACAACCAAAGAGGGAAAAGUCCAGUCUUCCCGUCACCAUGGUGAUACCCGUUUUCUUAGCUGGCUUGCCUCAAAGGCCAGCUGUGCGAUAUAAGAGGAAGAGAGGAUUUUUCUUUCUAAUGAUCUUCCUUGGGAAAUUUUUGUGGCCUUUAUUUACUUUCUAAUGACAUACUUGGGUGCCUAUAUCAAACAAAAUACAAUGAGGAGAUCAUUUUUACUUUGUAAAAAACAAAUAUAUAUAUAUUUACACAUGUAUGCAUAAAUGAUAGUAUAAUAGUGAAGCCUUAUGAAGAGUUAAAGAGGUAGAAACCUGCUCUGGUUUCUAGAUUUCUGGUGGAAGGGGUGAUCUUAAUUGAGGGAGUAAGAGAGUGAGCCUGACAGGAUGCCCAGUUUGAGUCAUAAGAAAAAGGAAGGAAACUGAAGCAACUAGUUUAAAAUCUUAGAAUUCUUAUUUCCCAUAACAGUUAAGGUGAAGUUGAGGCAAAAUGCCAUAAUCCAGCUUUGCGCAAGUCAAUCUGUCGGAAAACCUUCGAGGUUUAGAGAUAAAUCUUACCCAUCUCUGGCCUACCUUGGUGACUUUUUUGAUACCUCACAGCCUGUGAAAGGAUCAGCUGGAAUGAUUGUGGUCAGAGCUGUAGUGAUGGGGCCAAAACAACCCAGUGAAAAAACUCCAAAAAGGAAAAAGAUAGUGCCUCCGAGGUGGUGCCUGAACCCCCAGGCUCCCAGCCCCUCUCGGGGGGGGGGGGGGGCGCUAAUAACAGGCAAACUCUGAGCGAGGGAACUGCUCUCAGCAGGGUGAGCAUGAAACCAGCCUUGCUUCUGAUUCAGUUCAGUGUAGAGAGUUUGGAUUGCUAGUUUGUUAUUUAAAAAAAAACACACAAAAAACACGAAACACUGGUUAUGGUUUUAAUGAAUGAACCAUUUUGCAGGGAAGGGGAAGAAAAGAGUUUUGUUUGUUUUAGGGGGGAGGGAAGUUUCAUAGGGAAACCUUGAGAGAAAGAUGCAGAUGAAUGGAUGCCGAGGAAUACUAAGGUUAAUAAUGAGGUGGGAACCGUCCUGUGUAAGUGGUAUUGAAGGGUGGCUUUAAAGCAUUAAGGAGAGCUGAACUAAGCCAAAUUUUCUGGCUUUAAGAAAACCAUUUCCAUCUUCCAAACUUACUAGCUAGACUAUAGGCCUUAUACAUACAAUCUUGACAACAAGAGUGUGAGGACUUCCCCUCAGGAAAGCAGUUGUGUCUAUUUUUUAGCAUAGAUGAUCUAACAAGUAUUUUACAAAUGUUGAUUGGACAUCAGCUUUGUUAAGACACUUUUACAAAGAAAGAAAAUACAUAUUGCCUCCAUCCUAAAGGUGUUUUUUUGGUUCCAGUUGGGAACCAAACCUAUAUCCAUAAAAAUGGAAUCUGCAUAGUCAAGGCAAUGUAAGUUUGGUGUCAAAUGUACACUGCAGACAGCAAAAGGGAGCAGUUACUGAGAACUGAGCAACCAUCACUGAGAACGUUCCGUGGAGGGACAAGUUAAGGACCCUUGAGGAGCUCACAGUCUAGUUAGGAAAAGUCACAUGUUAUCAGGUUAAAUAACAGUUGAACACAAUAAUAAAAAGCAAUGGUUCUAUGCACAGCACAAUGCAGCCAUCACAUUUUUUUAAAGGUAUGCAGAAAAAAGAAAGCUAUCGCAUAAUGAUACGAGGCCAGAGUGGAAAGGGAAGGCUUUUAAAAAUAAUCCCAUUAAGACCUUACCUCUGGGUCAACUAUUCCUAUAGGGAGAAACUUGCUUUAAACAAUCCUGAUGUGACUUAUGCCUUUAAACCUGAACUGUGCACCUAGAGACAAUUGGGUUUGUACAUUCCUCAGAGAAACACUGACAAUAUUCCAGUUCUCACCCCAACCCGCCCACUGUGGAGGCUCAGCCUCGGGGUCCUCCCUGUACCUGAAGUGUGUGUAGCCAUUUCACUUCUGUAGGGGCCUGCUGGCCUCCCAGGGUUCACCGCAGGGUGUGCACAUUAACUCUUGAGAGGACCUGAGACAUACAUACCGAACGAAGCAAAGGGCAAGCAGGAAGGAAAGCUCUUUCUAGUUCCUUAUUUGUUGGUAUAUGUAAAUAGGACACCUAUCCCAUCGCUGGUAGAAAUUUUGCUUUGGUCGAUAAUAGGGAUUCUGAUGCAUUUUAAUUUUGGUUUUCCCUGGAUUUAAAUAGCAUCUGAAGAUCAAUAUAGUAACAUUUUAGGCAGGUGUGCUAUAUUUUUAUUUCUCAUUCUCUAGAAGACUACAUUUUAGAUAAGAUGUCAGAAUCCAUUGUAGGUCUUUAAAAAAAAAAAUCCAUACUCUUUAUGAAUUGAAUCGAAUAUUCCUGCCAUUUUAUAGAUUGUAUUAUUUCUACUACCUAAAUUAUUGUGUUCAAAGUUUUUAAAAAGUAUUUUUAAGACCAUGUACUUAGAACACUUCUCUAUAUCAUCCUAUAUUAUACAUAUAAUCCUAAUAAGACAUUGUUUGCUUCAAUUGUCUAUUUCCAUUCCCUGCCAAGUUUUAAUCUGUGCUGUUUAAUUAAUCACACCCUCUAGUCAUGUGUAAUGGAAAAGGGAGAUUAAUGUUUGUUACUGCAUUUGUGCCAGGUACUGUACUAAGCCCUGUUGGUAACACUAUUUGUUCAUGCCUCACAACUCUGAAAUCUAAGUAUUGUUAUAAAGACACUAAAGAAAAUAAAAUUACUUUCCUAAGAUUGUAUAGGUGGUAAUAACAGAAUCAAGAUUUAAACUCAGGUCUUCAGGUGCCACCAUCAGUGAUAUUUCCUCACUGGCAGUGGUUCUCAAAGUGAGGUCUCUGGUUAAAAGCAUCAGCAUCAACAUCACCUGAGAACUUGCUAGAAAAGCAAGUUCUUAGGCUUUAUCCCAGACCUAUUGAUUCAGAAACAGAGUAGGGCACCCAGCAAUCUGUAAUAAUCCCUCCAGAUGAUGGAUUCAGCUAAAGUUUAAGAAUCACUUCUGAAUGCCAAUAAUUGUCCCCAUUUUCUCAGGUAGAAUUACCUGGAGAGCUUAUAAGAAUUCUGAUGCCUGGGCUGUAUCUAGGCCAAUUCAACAGACUCUGGGUGUGGAAGUCAGGCAUCAUAAAAUAAAGUUUACCAGGUGAUUCUAGUAUGCAGUGUCAGUAAAAAACAAAAAACACAAAGAAAACCACAAAACAAAAAAUACUCUGGCAUUUAAACCUAGACACCAUUUAAGUUACAUACAGACAUGGCUCCAGCCAAAAAUGAGGAUUUCACUUGAGCCUUUUUAUUUUAUUUUCUUAAAAUGGAAGCUUAUAUUGCAAUUUUCCCUCUACUUCUUUUAUUUAAAAAUGUGUUUUAUUGAUUUUUAAAGAGAGAAAUAUCAGUGAUGAGAGGGAAUCAUUGACUGCCUCUCUUAGGGAUCACUGCCUCUUCUACGACCUGGGCAUGUGCCCUGACUAGAAAUCGAACUGGUGACCUCUUGAUUCCUGGGUCGACGCUGGCCAGGCCACUUGGGCUUUUUUAGAGCCCAGCUGUCCAUGAGCUUCUGCCCAAAGUAUAGAUGUGGGAUAAGAAGUGGAACAUUCGUUGGCUUCUGAUUUGCUAAUGACUGAUCAACCUCCAGCCAAAUGUAGUAGCAUUUCAGGUUGUGCUUCUGUUCAAUCAGAAGCAAACGAGAACACUGGAGCAGAAGGAACCAGGAAGAUGCUAGGAUGUAUUUGUCUCAGAUGAGAAAUCAAGGCUCAGGGAGGUGAGCUCACUUAACCCUGAUCACACACUUGCUUUGUUGCAUAAGUGCUCUUUCUAUUUCAUCUUUAUGUCUUGAAUAUAUCCACUACAUGAACAUAUACAAAACUCCUUUUUUUAAAAAAAAAUCUCAAUCCACUUCCAUCUUCUCUCUUUGGGUCUUAAAUAAAGACCAAAGGAACUGAUUGACUACACAAGUGUGUUGCAAGCUUCAUGCAUAAUUGGGAGAUGCCACAGAAUAAUCUGAGAAAGAUCUAACAUCAAAUUCAAUUAAAUGAGCUCUUCUGAGACUAAUUUCAAUAGUUCUAGAGAAGCAUGUUUUUUGACAUUGGACAUUGUUUUUAUUGUGUAAAUAAGCAAAUUAAGAUAUAAUUUCAUGUGGAGCCAAUAAAGAUUUUAUUGUAGUCAAAUCUAGCCAAACUUAUCUUUGUACAGAUGAGGGUUUUUUUUUUUUUUUUCCUUCAGCAAAUGAGUGCAUGCUAGGUGCUGAAGAUACAAAGAUAACGUAUAGUCACUCUUAAGCUAAAAUUUCAUUAUUGGAAAGUGGUGGAGUAUUUAUUGGUGAUCUUGAUGUUAAAUUAUUUUUCUAACAUCACCAAGAAGCAGAAUAUUGAGUUAUGAAACUCUUUACCUCUCAGCUAUAAUAAGUUGGAAGGUGAUUAUGAUCUUGGGUAAGCCCCUUUUGCUGUUUCUCUUUUAUCUGCAAAUCUUAGAGGCGAACAUUUACAUUUAAAAGGGUAAUUGUGAUAAAAAGGGAGCCAGUAUUUUAAGGAAUUCUGUUCUGAUUGGAACCAGGUUCUUAACUGCCAUAAACUCUUGCCUGAUGUUGAUAUUUAUAUUUGGGCUACAAAGCACCUAAUCUCUUACCUGAUGCACUUGAUGAUAAUGUGAUAACAUAUAAGAAUGCAUUGCUGUGUCUAAGGAAUCAAGUUAUACCAAACACCAGGUCUUGUUUCUCUAAAUGUUGUCCUUACUGUUCAUGUUCUUUUUGCUGAGUGAAAAGGGAGAGGACUGGGUAAUGUUUUCAGAUGCAAAUCGAUCAUUAACAGAGUCGUGUACAAAAAAAACUUUGUAGUUACUGUAAUUAUUAAAUGUAUUGACCAAUCAGGAAAGUUGAAUAAUCCUUCAUUUGCAGAUUGGCUAAUGGAAUCACACAAUUCCAUUUUAAUUCUUUAUCUGCAAUGCUGAUUUGAAUAUGAAAUUCUUAUUGCUGGAUAUUUGUGCAUUUUAUCCCUGGGCCAUAUUAGUUCUUAUAAGAUUAUUUUCCUUAUGAACCUUAUUUUAUUUUGCUUCCUUUCUACUUUGAUCCUAGUGUCACAUUGCAUUCCUGGAUCUAAGUAGCAAGUAGAAGCCCUAUAGCAUCUUGGAAGAUACAUGGGCAUAAAACUAUCUUCUAGGAAAUAUAACUACAGAUUAAAUAUGUUAGUGAGGCCAUCAAAUAGAUGAUAAUUUCCUAAGCUUUGCUUUUUUAAUCCAGAUAGAACAAAUGAGAUCCUAGUGUAUCUAACUGUGCCUCGCUCAAUAUUGGCAUUUAAUAAAAACUUGUUGCAUUUGUCAGUGAUCUUUAUAAUUUUUCCACCUUAUUUUGGAGAUUACUGAUUUUUUUUUUUUCUUUUUGCCAACUUCUUAAGAGUAGUGCCUCUGACAAAACAAUGGAAAGAGGAAAGAAAAAUCUAAAUGGUCAAUUUGAGGCUUAGCUUUGACUAAGGAGAUAAGGAAGGGCACUAUCAUGCACUACUAUUAACGGGCUAACAAUUAUUGAGCUCUUUUCAACAUUUCAGCUGCUGUCCUAAGCAUGUGUUCAUUUAAGCCUCACAACAACUGUUGUCAUUAUUCCCAUUUUACAGUGAGAUGAGCGAGGCAGUGAGAGAUUAAUCCACCCAAGUUAUACAGCUAGAACCUGCAAACCUAACCAUGGCACUACUGUCCCUAGUCUCCCUGGUGUCAGGCACUACCCUGGGGUGCUCUUUUGCAUAACUACGGUAAAAAAAAAUCUCCCAUUAUACAACAUAGUAUCAGUAAUCCCAUUUUUACAGAUAAGGUAACUCAUGGUUUAAAGAGGUUAACUUGCUCACGAUACAUACCUAGUUAGUUCCAGAUCUGGGAAUUUACUUAAAGCCAAUGAGGAGUUCACUUCUCAGCAAUCCAGAAAAUGAAAGUUUAGUUUACUGAAUUUGAUUCAACCAUGCUAGCUCAGCCUUCCAUGGCAUAUAAUAGGAAAUUGGCUACACUAAGUACAAAAUAGCAAUAGCUGUACUCUUCUGUAUUUACAUACAAUGGUUGAGGGCAAUUGCCAACCUUUAGUAUCUUACUUCUGGCCCCUUCAUCCCCCAAAGCCUUAAAAGAUACAUAGAGGCAGAAAUGGGUUUGUGCCAUAGAAUGAAAAAGGAUUUGUCAGAACUGAAUAUUGACUCUGCUUAGAACUGACUUGGAUGUGAACAGGAAAGGCAGUUGACACUGGUCAUUAUGGCUCUGUCACAGAGCUUAAGCCAAGUGCAGGCCUGGAAUCCAAGUGCGAAUCUGUCUCUGCUGUGUGUACAGAAUGGCCACCUUCUCCCUGAUGGGCGAAGAACAGAUGUCAGUUAUCAACUAUAUGACAAGCCACUGCAAAACUAAGCGACUUAAAACAAUAUUUUAAUAAACUUUUAAAAGAUUC